AUGUUUUCGCAACUUUCGGAAACUUUUGUAAUGGAUAAUCCCGAUUUUGAAAACGAAAAAAUAUUUUUGGCCUACGACUUUGUACACAUCUUUAAAAAUAUUUACUUUAAUUGGCUAAACCUUAAAAAUUAUGAAAACACAUUUAUUUAUCCUGAUUUCAAUGAUUUUUCAAUAAGUAAAAAGGCAUCUUUUGCACAUAUCAGGCAGCUUUAUAAAAAAGAGCUUGCUCAUGUAGCUAAAAAGGCAUACAAACUGAAUGAUAAAACUGUUUUUCCUAACAAUCUAGAAAGACAGAAUGUUAAUUUGGCUGACAAUGUCUUCCACGAUUCUACUAUUGCUGCAUUGAAAUGUUAUGACGAAUAUAUUGAAACUUCAGAAUUUAUGCAAAUUAUAAGAAAUUGGUGGAACAUAGUUAACACAAAGUCAGUACUUAAAGGAAAAUUAAAACGCCAAGAAUUUUCUAAACCAGUUUCAUCAAGCUCUGACAAUUCUAUAGAGUUUUUGAAACAUUUUUUAGGUUGGCUUAAUCAAUGGCACAGUGAUAAAAAUAGUGUUGGCCUAACUAAGGAUACCUCUAAUGCCAUAAGGCGAAGCACUGAGGUUCUUAUUUCUUUGACUGAAUAUUCUUUUAGUAAAUUCCAAAUUAAAUAUAUACUUCCUGGAAUGUUUCAAACAGACAAUUUAGAAAGGCGUUUUAGUAGGUACAGAAAUCUCUCGGGCAGUAAUUAUAACAUUUCAUUUUAUCAAGUGUUGGAGUCAGAAAAAAAAAUUCGACUUCAGAAUCUUUUAAAAUCAUGUGACUCUGAACAAGAUUUAAAUUUUCUGAAGUCUCGUUUUUUGCAAGAAAAUAGCAGCAAAACAGAAAUUGACAUUUCAGAUUUUAAUUUUAUAUUAAAUACUGAUUACCUAGUAAAAUAUGAACUUGAUGAAUCUGUUAAAACAUAUAUUUGUGGUUAUGCAGCACAUUCUCUUCAAAAAAAAAUUAAAUGUACAACAUGUUUGUCAUUAGUGAUUAAAAGUAAGGGUGAAAUUAUUGAAGAUGAUUAUUUUAACCAUUUGCAAAGAGGAGGUCUAUGUAUUGCUUCCGAUGAAAUUGGAUAUAUUUAUUAUCAUAUUUCAGCAAUUUUUAAUUUUAUCGGAAGUGAUACUAAUACCGAACAAUAAUUUUUUAGUAGGAGUGACCACAAAAAUAUACUAGCAACACUUAGUUUGAAAAGUUUGGAACCCCAACAGUUUUUAAUAAAUUUCAAUCAAUUUUGCGAAUGUGGCGUAUCAUAUUAUAAAAUGUAUUACACAGUUGCUCUUAUUUUUGCUAAUAUUAUUUUAAACAAUUUUGUAAAAAAUAAAAAUAGUGAAAUUCACAGGAAUAAAAAUUCAAACCUAAAGAAAAGAAAAC